UAUAGCCCAUUUUGGAGAACUUAUAAAUAGAGCAAACAAACCCUAAUCCGAGAUCUCAUCGGCAGCUCCGUUCCCAGUUCCAGCAGCCAAAGAUCCUGAGCAGUUCCCUCGGCGUUUAGGAGAAAUCAAGCGGUCAUGGGUAAGGUACACGGUUCAUUAGCUCGUGCUGGAAAGGUGAGAGGACAGACGCCCAAGGUGGCGAAGCAGGACAAGAAGAAGAAGCCCCGCGGCCGUGCCCACAAGCGUAUGCAGUACAACCGCCGUUUCGUCACUGCCGUUGUUGGCUUUGGGAAGAAGAGGGGACCAAACUCAUCUGAGAAGUAGAGUGGAGGCACCUGUAGUUUAGAUUCAAUAGGUGAAAAAGUGUUUGAAACCUGGAUUUAUUGUUUGUUCUAUUAUGCAAUAGUUUUGUUAGCUUACUGGAUUAAGCUGCUGUUGCAGUUGUUUUGGGUUUUUGACAGCGUUGAACAUAUUUACGGCACAUUAUUGAGUAUAAUUCAGUUGAAUCAAUUUUGAAUUGGGAGUUGGGAAA